CUUAUCAGGACACAAAGGUCACCACUUGCUCAAGGGGAAUCUAAAGGAGAUCUCACAAAAGAUACUAACAGGAGUUAUGUGCAAAAGCAGUGUCUUCAGGCAGUUAAGGAUUUGGAAAUGUGCUACACUUCAGUAGAGAAGACAAGAAAAUGCAGCAUAACAGGACAAGAGCAUUACUUUUUAGGCUUCCAUGCAUACAAAUUUGCUGGUCAUUUUUUUAUGAAUGCUGAGUAUCCCCAUGCAGUGGACUUCUAUCAGUUUGCCUGUGAGCACUUUGCGGCAUGGAGCAAAUCUGAUUCUGACAGUCAAAAGGUGUCUGAGUUUCAGCUGUACAGGCGUUUCGAGUAUCUGGCAGAGAGUUUGCGUAGGUGUGGCAGGUAUAAGGAAGCUAUGGAGGCUGUCGUUCAGGGCAUUCUGUUGGAUCAGGGUCCAUAUAACCACAGAUCUGCAGCAGAAAUAUGGGUGAAGAUUAAGAGGGAUAUUUCUAAGGCAGAAACUAGUGAACAGUUGAAACCAGGAUCUCUGUUGGAUGCUAUUGAAGAAAAUGGAGGAAACCUUCAGGAAGGAGACAAAGUUGAUUUUCUGGAAAGUGAACUGAGAGCUCACAGAAAUAUUAAGACUCUGAAACUGGAAGACCAAACAGAAAUUAUACAGAAAUUGAUUGACACCUCCUCUAGUCCUGUGGUGCAAGCUGAGGCUUUGAUUGACAGUGCAGUGCUCUUACUGGCUAAAGAAGACUGGAAGUCUCCAGUGGAAAACUGUAAGAAGGCAAUUGCUCUGCUUGAAAAAGAACUGCAAAGAAAUGGCAAAAAGUAUACAUUGUCAAUAUUGAAGGAUGUGUUGGCAAGAGCAUUCUUCUGGCUAUAUGUAUGUGAGGCAGAAAGCAUAACAACUGAGUCACAGUCUAAUCUGGGAGCACCUGAUGAGGCAGUGGAACGUGCUGGUUCUCCAACACCUGAAGAAGAAAAUUGUGUAUUGAAUGGUCCAGUGUUUACACUGCAUAUGGAGAACCAAGCCAUUGCCAACCUGGAUAAAGCACUUGACCUGUGGUCUGCUAUACUACCAGAUGGUUGCAGAGCAGAUUGUGUGAGGGACUGUGUUGUAACUUCUGAGGGCCUUCUCCAGGUGGCACAGUUAUACAAGAUGGCUGGGAAACCUGUGCAAGCACUGAGAGCUCUCUCAGCAGCCAGCCACUUGGGUGAUCACAUCAGUUUUGCCUUGCGUGUGUCCUUGCACACCUUGCAGAUCCAGUUGCUGUGCAGUCUAAACCAGCCUCAGUCAGCCAAGGUACUGAUGGACCAGGUGGAUGGCUGGUUAGAGAAAUGGAAGCCUGAUAGGUCCAGUGAGGAGUAUGUUGUGUGGAAAUACAGGGUAGCUGUGGCAGAAGUCAUGGUGCUCUCACAAAAGUUCAGUGAAGCUCAAGAGAUAUUUGAGAUGGUCCAGCAGCAAAGCUUGGUGUCAGCCCGUACAAGGGACUGGUGUAUAGUGGAAGGCACCAUGAAGAGAUGUCUGGCCAAGAUGUUGACCUUGCCCCCGUACCAUGCUGCAGUAGGGGAGUGUGGGGAUUAUGCACUGGACAGAAUGCAUGAGGCUUGUUCACUGCUAACUGGGGUAUGGAAAUUCUUACAGGGAAAAGCUUCGGAGAGUGCCUCACUAAUGGACAAGUGGUCCAUCAUGACAGAGUACCUGGACACACUGCAAGCCACUGGACACAUGUACCUGGAUAUUGGGGAGAGCAGAGCAGCCAAGUGUUACCUCAAAGAGGGGAUGAUACUGGCACAGGAGUUUAACAUGCCUAGAAGACUGUCAGGGUUCCUCCUGUCCUUGGCCAAGCUGGAUACAUUGUCAGAAAAAUUCACUGAUGCAGAAGCCAAGUUGAACAUGGUGCAUUUCAUUCUGAACUCGGAGGUACACACUGUAAAACCUGAAAAGCAGCCAACAAGAAAGAUGGAUGUUGAAAAUGAGAAGGCAGAGAAGCAGCAGAAAAAGAAAGAUGAUUGCUUUGGAUUUGACAUAUCUGACGAAGAAGAUGAUGAUAGUGAAAAAGGGUUGGAUUUCCUAAAAAGAAAAGUCCUUGAAGAUCCAAUUCCAAGUGAUGAAAAUGACAGUGGAAAUGAGGACCCUUGUGCAUCUCCAUCUCUCCGGAAGCACGAAAGUAAACUUCCUGUGUAUUUAUCCCACAGCAACAAAUGCAGUUGUGUCCUCUGUCAUGAUUUCAUUCUUCACCCCCUGAGCAUGGAAUACAUCCAUGGGCUAGCCUGUUUGUCCAUGGAAAUGUUUGCUGUGUCAGAAUGUGCCACACUUGUCAAGACAGGGCUACAGUUUUACAACACUGCUUUCCAGAAGUCUACUCAGACCCUGAUGUCAAAGAGUUGUGAUAACUUGUACAAAGGAAAAAAAGAAAUUGACAAACUUGUGGAAUCACUAUUUUUACCAUGGAGUGUGCGGUUUUAUAUUCAGGUAGCAGAUACCAAGAUUGAGACCAACCUGCAGUGGGGCCCUGCUGGAAGGGCAUUAGCUAGGGCUGCUUCUCAUCUCAACUGUAGUACUGCGACAGGCUUGGUAAACCUCUGGAAAGAGAGGGCAUUUGUGUUUUAUUUACAGGCACUUGUUGGUUUAAAAGGAAUGGCAGAACCAAGUGACUACAACAACAUUGUGUCUAACCUGAAUGAUGAAUUUCAGAAGGUUGAAAUAACAAGUAAGGAGGAUUCUACUUUGAACAAUAUAACUGAUAUGCUUAAUCGCAUGGAUGUGAAAGAUGAAGGAAAUUUACCAAGCUUAGAUGAUACUAACUUGGUUAGCAAAAAUGAGAAAACAAAAAUGAAACCCAAAGUGGACAGUGGCAAGGCCUCAACAGAGAAUGUUCCCAUAGAAGUUUCAACAGAUAAGAUCACAAAUCCAUCGGCUCGAAGAAAAGGAAGAAAAACCUCUGCUGAAACCAGUGAUUCAACUCAAGAAACAUCAACCAACAACAGACGAAGAAGGAAAACAGAUGAGAAUGGGGACAUUGUUUUGUUCAAGAGUCCACCCCAGAAAACCAAGCGAGAAAAAACUGGCACUCAAAAUGAGGAGGCCACUGAUUUCGCUUCCAAUUUGAUGACACCCCUUCCUCUGAAGACCCCAAAAGCCAGCAGCAGAGCAGUGAAAAAAGAAGAGAUUUUCACUCCAAUGGCAAUGAAGACCCCGAAGAGUGUAUCAAGUCGAAGAGCAGCUCUGGACAUGCUGAUGGCAGAUAGUGAUAGUGAAGAGGACAAAAUCAAAUCCACAAAAAACAAGAGGACAGGCACAAGGAAAACCACAUCAACAACUGGAAGAGGAAAGGGAAAGAAAGCAGCAGUAUCAAAUCGCAAGGUGGAAACUGAAACAUCAGUGGUAUUACCCAGUGGGAAGGAUACCAGACUGCUUAAUGAACUUGAUGCUAAAAGUGUUGUGAAUGGUCUCAAAGUCAUUGACAUGAAUAGCCCAAGACCCUCCAUCAGUUCUGUCAAAAAUGGCAAAUACCUGGCUUCAAAUCCUUUAUUACAAUCUCCAGUGACAGGAGAUGUUUACUCCUUUGACAGCCCGGUGGCCAAUGUAGUCCCUGCAACUAGUUUGGCUUGCAAAGCCCCUGCAAGAAAAGGGAAAAUCAAGGGAGCUGCAUUGACUGCAGAGGAAAAGGGCAUGGAAGAUAUUGAGGUUUGUCCAGCUGUUGCUGAGAGGCCCAAACGCCGUGGUCGCCCAGUGCGGAUGACUAGGUCCAAGGUGGAUUUUAUAGAGCAUCAAAGAGAAAAUAUAUCCGAAUCUGACGAGGAUGUGGCUAUACCUUGUGGUGAUGCAAUAGUUGAGGAGGAAGUAGCUGUAGAUGUGGACAACCUUGUACAUGACACAUUGGACAGCCCAGGUCUGGUACACAAGACUGAAGAAGCUUUCAGUUUAGAUGCAUCAAUAGAGGUUCUGAGGGCUGGGGACACACCACAAGAAAAGAGGACAACGAGAGGGAGGGGAAGGAGAGCUAAGAGUGGCAAGUUGACUAACAGUGCGGAGGAUGUUGAAGCCCCAAGGACUAUCAAAGAAGAUGGGAAGAAAAAUGUGAAACCAGCAAAAACAGUGAAAGUCCAAGUUUUUAAAGAUGAACUGAGUGAAGGUGAAGAUGACUUUGAAGCUAAUUUUACAGAUCCUGAAGAAUGCAUUGAUUUGCUGAACAAGGCCUAUAAUCUUAUAAGACAGUUUCCUCCUAUGCUUCUGUACCGUAAAGUGUGUCAUAUGCUGGGGCUUUUGCUGGUGGAGAGAGAUCCUACUGCAGCAGCAUUCUACAUGUCAGAAGCAGUGGCUGUCACAUUCAGACAUUCCUUGUUAGCCAGCUGCAACAAGAAGAUUAAAAAGCUUGCCAAAGAGCCAGCAGCGUACAACAAUCCAGUGCAAUACCAAGAGGAAUUACAAAAGAUGCAGAAUAAUUUUAGUUUUCAGCAGUCACCUGAGAGCAUUCAGGCAUUUUGUCACAGUUUGCCAAAGGAGUGGACAGUUUGCCAGUUGUCUGGGUUUAUCUGUGAAGGAGGGAACAGCAAGCUAGUUAUCACCAGAUACAGAUCACAACAAGAACCCUUCAUUGUCAAAGUCCCGGGGUUUAUGUUUGCAUAUGGAGAAAUGCACAAAGAAUUUGCCACCAUCAUGACAGCAUGUAAGGAAAGCAUGAAUCUGACAGAGAAAGUAGCUUGGUGGACCACAAGGAGGGAACUAGAUGAAAGACUCAAGGAUAUGAUGAGCUACAUAGAGAACAAGUGCCUUAGAGAAUGGAGAGGGGUCCUUUUGGGACGACACUGCAAUGAUGAUGAUACUGAAAACCUUAGCAAAGCAGCCUCUGCUGUGCUCAAAACAAUCAAAAUCUCUAAAGUCAGUAAACCUCAACUGAAGCAAGCUAUUGAGGUCCUUAUUGAUUCUUCACACUUGUUGAGUGAUGGUGAUAUAAAAGAAGCAUUAAGCACAGUGUUAGAAAAUGGGGAUGCAGAACAUGUGACCAGCUUAAUUAGGAGACACGCUAAACAGUUGAACCUGUGCAUAGGAAAGAGACAGCCCAUCAUACUUAUACUUGACAAGAUGCUCCAGCAUUUUCCCUUUGAGAGUCUCCCCAUGUUAAGAUCUCACCCAGUGACUCGCCUUCCGUCCUUGCACUUACUGGGAGCCUUCCUCAGCAGUAUUGAGAGCAAUAAGGAGUCUGUCUUGAAUGAGGGGAUUGACCCAGAGAAGACCUACUAUAUUCUCAAUCCAGGCAAUGAUUUACCUCAUACCCAAAAGCAUUUUGAAGAUUGGUUUGAGGGUGAAAAGACUUGGAGGGGUGUAGUUGGCAAAACACCAACAUCAGACCAAUAUAAGGAAGCUUUGACUAAACCAGACCUCUUCAUCUAUUGUGGUCAUGGGACAGGAAGUAAAUAUCUCCAUGGCGACAACAUACAAAACCUCCAGUGCCGUCCUGCAGUGCUACUGAUGGGGUGUAGUAGUGGUAGACUGAACAACAUAGGGGCACUGGACCCAGCUGGGAUGAUACUCAGUUAUUUCAUGGCUGGAUGUCCAUGUAUAGUUGCCAACCUGUGGGAUGUAACAGACAGAGACAUUGACCGUUUCCUGGAAAACCUGCUCAAGGCCUGGUUACCUGGAGAGAGUGAUCCCAUGCUCUUGGAACACAUUGAACAAGCCAGGGACAGCUGUAGGCUGCCACACAUCAUAGGGGCAGCACCUGUGGUGUAUGGACUGCCUGUAGCAUUGACUAUGAAAUAGCAAUAAUUACGUCCAUCCAACCUCUAUUGAAUCUUAGGAUAUUGGUGAGGUGCAUUGAAUUCAGUGUGCAAUUUUACUGUGGAUAGUCAAAGAAAACAAGAGCCAUUGUAGAGGUGAUAUUCCACCAUGGUUUGCCCAGCAACAAUGAUAAAAAUUGUGUGUGGUACAUCAGUCCUAUGACAAGGAAGUCUUGGAUACUUUAGAAAACAUAAUAUUAUGCACAUUCAUAAUUGAUGAUUAAGAGUAGAUAUGCUAAAUAUUUCAGGUGGAAGAAAAAUUAGUUUUUGUUUUUCAUUCAGUAAGGAUUUCUCAAAUUCAUUGAUAGCUCAUUCAGUAUUAAUGAUGAAGUGUAGAAAUGCUUAAUAUCUCAGGUGGAUAAAAAUGAGAUUAUCAGUAUUUUUUUCUCCAUUCAGUAAGAAUCUGUCAAAUUCAGAGAUCAAUGCUGUUUAGGUUUUGAGAUAUACAAAAGAGAGAUUAAUGUAUUGAGCCUAUUCACGUGCUGGCAGUAAUUGGGCAGCUUGUCAAAGAUGAACCAAGCAUGAAUGCAGCUUAGUCUGGAACACUUCUUGUGCCUAGGUUUACAUUGGGUUCUGGAUUAUUUCAAAUCUGUUACAACUGGUUAUUAUUUGCUUAUUGUAGCAGUAUCUACCAGUCUGACUGAUGAGAAGGUUAAUGUUGUUUUGGAGAUUAUAUUGGGUCACUUUAUUAAAAUAAGCUCUUGGAAUCCUUAUUAGGUGGUUUAUUUUUCAUUAAACAAUAGAAAAGGUGAAUUCAAAUAAAUAUCUUGUUAGUGAUGUGUUGAAAAUACAGCGUCAGUCUUUGUGAUUUGUCAUGAAAUUUGAAAGGGACAGUAAUGCCAGUGAAUUAAACGAUAUCUUUUAAUAUCCUGUAAAAGUUUUUCUUAUCAGAAUAAUUCUGUUACCUUUGGCUAAGUAGCACUUUGCCUCCUCAAGGAACAUUUCUUCAGAUAGAAAGUAAUUUAUAUGGCAUGUUGCCCUUUUGGGAUCUAAUAAAUGUUCUUGCAACGACUUCAUUCUUGACAAAAUAUUGAGUAAAACUCCUGCUGAAUAAUUUUAUUACGUUAAAUCAAUUUGGCAUGUGUCAAUAAAUGUGUAAUUUCUCAAAUGUUUCAAAGCAGUCCCUUUAUAAUAGAAGCAUCUUAAUUCAGGAAUGGGGAAUUGGUAAUGGUGGGGUUAUUUGAAUAGUUUAGUAAUCUUAUGUGAGUAGAUUGAUGAUAAUUCAAUUUUAUCGAUAUCACAUGUUUGUAGAAAUUAGAAUGUUUGUAAUCUUGUUAUACGAAAAGUUAUGUAAGAUUUAUUUUUAAAUGAUAUCAAAUGUUUGUUUUCAGUAGAACCCAUAAGAUAGCAUAAAAUGGGAUAGUUGGUGUUACA